AUGCUGCAACGAUGCAUGCAAUUGGCAAAGACUGCCCAAUUUUCAUAGGUUGUGAAAUCUUACACUAGUUUAGCAUAACACAAAUGGUUGGAUUAUGAUCAAACCCAUAAAAAAUCACUCCAAACUCAUAAAAGCAGAGCUGAAGAAUUUAUUCAUAAAAUUCCAGUUAUUGAAGUAGAUUAAGAUGUUGUGAGAUGCUUGGGUGGCACUCAUAUUAAUGCAGGACAUCCCCAAGUUUACAUCAAAUUAGACACAAGAACUGAAGGAACACCUUAAACUUGCAAAUAUUGUGGCUUAUAGUAUGUUAAGAAAGGACAUGGAUCACAUCAUCAUUGA